GAAAUGAAUUCAUGUGUGUGAGUACAACCUUUCUACCGCGCACAUCAGUGCAUGCUCAAGGACACUACUGUCGUAUUUGAGAGCCCCUGAAGAAAUCAAUCUGCCAGCACAUCAAUUUCGCUCGCUACUCGUUUAAGACUCACGUUCCUGCCAUCACAUUCUCAGCAGUACUCAAAAUCAUGCUGUGCGCAGUCAUCUGGCUCUGGAUGGCAAGCUUCCUACCAGAUGUUGUCCUUGGGGCAGCACUCAAAACACCAGGCAAUGGACAAAUCAAAAAAUCCCAAAAAUCGGUCAUCCCACCCCUCUUCCAGCCUGGUCAGACGAAGUUGCCUGCACCAGUCUUCUUGGUUUCGCUAGCAAAGAUUCGACCUCCAAAUCCUACGUUCUGGACAGCUCAGCUCGAAGCGGUGUUUCCUUCACCAAAGCAUGGUGCAAGCGGGGCUACAAAUGAGUCCAUUGGCUUUGACCAAAGCAAGACGGCGGAGAAGCAGCUCCAAGCAGACUUCUUGAUUCAGCCCGGUCAAGGCGGACAAAGAUUGUACCUCAAGGGGGAAAAAGACAAGUACGUCUAUGUGACUCCAAAUGGCCAACUGUUGCUCAAAGUGGGUGACCUCGACAUGGCGCCCAAGGUAAAGGUGAGGUCCAAGAUCUUCUCCAUGGCUCAAUCUACAUCCAAGGACGACACAUUCAAUCACAUCUUCGUCAAUGGCCCCACGUCCAAGUCCAAGUCAAAGUCUACGGUAAUGGAAACCUUCGCGGCUUGUCCUAAAGGCGAUUCGACGAAGAUCUCGAAGGGGACCACCUCGUCCGAUCUUCCUCUGAUGACUCAUCUGCCAGGUUCAGUUGAGCCUCUCUAUCUGUUCCUGAAAGGUUCUACCGCUUGCCACCCGAUCUACAUCAGGGCUGUUUCCCAUUAGACUCUUCGAUAUGGCGCGAGCAAGCUACGGCCAUUGACGUAGCUUUUCUGUUUGUCGUCUAGUUUAGUCUCUAGCAAUACCAUUGACUUUUACGCUGCAG